CCGGGUGGGGCAAGAUGGCUGUGGAGCAGUGUGUGCGAGUCGUCGGGCCUUGUCCGGGAGUGGGGAUGCGUUGGAUGGUUCGGACGGUCCUUCUGCUGCUGUGGUUUGCGGCUCGCGGAGGCGCGCUCUACUUCCACAUCGGGGAGACAGAGAAGAAGUGCUUUAUUGAGGAGAUUCCGGACGAGACCAUGGUUAUAGGAAACUAUCGGACGCAGCUGUAUGACAAGCAGCGGGAGGAGUACCAGCCAGCCACCCCUGGGCUUGGCAUGUUCGUGGAGGUGAAGGACCCGGAAGACAAGGUCAUUCUGGCUCGGCAAUAUGGCUCUGAAGGCAGGUUCACUUUCACGUCCCAUACCCCUGGCGAGCAUCAGAUUUGUCUUCACUCCAAUUCCACCAAGUUCUCCCUUUUUGCUGGAGGCAUGUUGAGAGUUCAUCUGGAUAUUCAGGUGGGUGAACACGCCAAUGACUAUGCAGAAAUUGCUGCCAAAGACAAGUUGAGUGAGUUGCAGCUACGAGUGCGACAGCUGGUGGAGCAAGUGGAGCAGAUACAGAAAGAGCAGAACUACCAGCGGUGGCGAGAGGAGCGCUUCCGGCAGACCAGUGAGAGCACCAACCAACGGGUGUUGUGGUGGUCCAUUCUGCAGACCCUAAUCCUCGUAGCCAUUGGUGUCUGGCAGAUGCGACAUCUCAAGAGCUUCUUUGAAGCCAAGAAGCUGGUGUAGCCAACCUUCCUCCCAGGCUGGGGGAAAGGGGCCUCCUGGAACUGAUUUCUCUGGCAGGAGGACUGGUUCCCAGCCAUGGAUGUUCUGGAGGGGAGAGGGGUCACAGGCAUGCCAGGCACAAGCUCAGUUGGCUAAUACUGAGCAGGUGGUGGGGCAAAUGCUUGCUCCCACCCCUGGGCUCUGGGCCUUUUGCAGUAAUCUGCUAGGGGCUGUUGAAGCCUCUAGGAGUCCCACUGGCACCUCAGAAUCACAGUGUUACUGAUCAGGGAUGUGAGGCUGUUGCCUGGGGUAGUUGUGGGGAGGGGAGUGGGCGGGCAAGCCAGUUCUCUUUUUGUCUUCCUUUGCUAACUUGGGAUUUUGAGCAGGUUGGGGUGUAGCUGUGAUUCUUUGCCAACCUGAGAACCUCCUUGGGCCUAAACCCAGCCUGCUGAUCCAGUGGGUGUGUGUCAGUUGAGGGUGGGUUGGAGGGGGUUGCAAUGUGGGAAAGUGGUCCUGAAGUUGACCCCAAGUUCUUCACAUGGUUGUCCUUUCUGGGGCUUGAGGAACUGGGGUCAGGACCAGCAGAAGUGUUGGUGCUGGCUGGAGAUAGGGCCUGCAGCGUCUUAGUUACUGAUUAAACUUUCAACAAGCCUAGGUUUGUUACAUUGGUUUCACAAUAAAAAAUUUAAAAAUAGACAUGUUGUCCAGUGUAAACUACGCUACUGUCAGUGGGCAUAGCACUUUGAGGUGCUUCAAGGAAUGUCAGUUCUUCCAAUGAGCAAAACACUUCAUAUUCCAAGAUGAGUAUCCGCCUGUGAACUUCAUUCUUUUCAUUCUUUCCAUAUCUUCCCACAGCAUGGGAUUGUGGUUUUGCCCAAGAACAUCCAACAAGUAAAUUGGGUUGGGGCUCAAAUCCACACUGUUUCCUCUGCACCAGCUCCCUCAUGAAGUACUCUCUCUGUCUUUCCAGAGUAGGUGGACUUAGAAUAGACUUGUUAUGGUGCUGCAAGGAAGUGCCUGGUGAGAAGAGUGUGCUUUAAAUAGGAAUGCUUCAGGUGGGGGAAGGACAAAUCCCUGGGCUGGUAGGGAUAAUGAUGUUUAUGAGGUUAACCAGUAGCAUGGAAUUUCAGCAAGGAUUUUGAAGGAGAAGAAGGAUUCUGAUGAAAGGAGAUGGCAGGGGUGGUUGAGGGAAGUGAAGACAAAGUUGGUAUGGAAAUGGAUGAGCAUUGUUUCAGCUGGAGUUGGUAAGAAUUGUGAGAAGGCUAGAAAGGAAGGUUGGUUAGAAUUAGAAGAGCCUUGAGCGCCAGGUAAGAGAUUUGGACAUUAGCCACUCUUUAACAAAGCUUUCUGUA